AGCCGCCGCCAGCCCCCACCGCAUCCUCGUCGCCGCGCUCGAUGUCAUUGUCGCCGUCCACAACAGUGUCGAAUUACGGUGAACCACAGUUUAAGAGACAGAAAACGAUCUCCACGAAUUUGAACCCCGUCCCCGUCGAGAUGUCGAACCAGAGCGCGCCGGCGGGCCUGCCUCCCGCGAUGAACAUCCCCAAGAGAGGAGCGCGGGCCUGCACUGCAUGUCGGAAGGGAAAGAACAGGUGUGAGGGAGAGGCUCCCUGUCGUCGCUGCCAGCUGAGCGGAACCCCCUGCGUCUUCGAAAAACCAGAGAAGAAAAAUGGCCAGUUCGUCACUGGGCCCAGCGUCGAGAGGCUCAACCGACUCGAAGGUCAAUAUGUCGUCAUGCAAAGCCAGAUGAUCGGCAUGCAGAACACACUGGACCGUAUUCUUGCUGCCGUACAGGGUCCUCCACCACCCAUGGGUGUCAUGCAACCUCCCCAGUAUCCUCCUAUGCGAGACGGACCAGGCUAUGUAAGCAAUCUUUCAGAUACUCGUACUCCUUUCGAAGGUGGACCUUCCCCGGAUGACCGUGGUCAGAAGACAUUUCCUCCAUUGCCGGGGUUUGCACCACCACCACACAAGUACGCAACCUACGGUAUCGUACCUAGCACAGCACCAUCCUCGGAUGAUGAAUCGGAAGACACAUUGCCUCGCUCGACUUUGAAUGCACCUAUCGAGGCUCUUCAGGGGCUUGCGAACGCAGCUGCAGAGGCCGCAUCCGUACCUUCGUUUGCGCCAAGAGUGAAGAAGCGCAAGCGGGCGGAGCCGAUCCCCCGGAACGCUUUCCCAGAUGUGGUGGAGAAGGGCUUAGUGCUAGACUCAGAAGCCAGAGAGCUAUUCCACAUUUUCUUUUCCGGGUGUCAUCUCUUCAUCCCUCUGUUCGAUCCGUCGUACGACACAUACGAAGGUUUGCGAGAACGCUCCCCGUGGACCUUCGAUGCCAUCCUUGCUGUGGCCGGUAAGAUCAGAGCGGGAAAUAAUGCUCCAGGCCCUACUUUCUACAAAGCCCUCGAAGAGGCCCAAGGGAUCGCUCGGUCCUCUCUGUUCGGACCUGUUGUCAGGAAAGAAGCCGUUCAAGGUAUGCUUUUGUUGGCUGCUUGGAGCACGAACGGAUGGCUGCCCAGUGGCCAUGCCAUGCGUAUGGCCCUCGAUCUUGGACUCCAUCGUGCCCUCGAAAAGCUAGCGGACGACGGAGGCAAGAACCGUUCCGAGGAAGAAGAGCGCGAUCUAGUCGUUUCUUCUCGGAUCUGGCUUUGUCUGUACUGGUUCGAUCACCAGAUGAGUCUCGGAACUGGCAGACCGAUCGUUUUGCGUGACGAGAACUCGAUCAGGCAUUGUCGGAUCUUGUUGAACCAUCCACUGGCGUCACCGACAGACGUGCGGCUCAUCGCACAGGUCGAGCUUAUUGCACAGAAAACUCAAAUCCAUGAGACACUGUCGCCCCUGGGUGGCCAAGUGAACCAUAAUACGCUCGCGUUCAUCCGUCGCGCGAAUGUGGCGCUCGAUAAGUGGUGGCAGGAUUGUGACGAGUUGCACCACCAAACCAUGGACUCGGACUCGCUUCUCCGCAAGAUCCUCGCCGGCGAACUUCACUAUGCUAAGCUCUGGCUUGUCUGUGUGGCCCUUCGCGGUGUCGCUUGGGAUAAGAUGCCAUUUGAACAGCGCGAGCUUGCGUUCCAGGCUAAGGACGCGGCUAUGAAUUGUCUUUCCGCGUUGCUCACCUCCAACGAAUACAGAGCGGCGCUUCGCUAUGCGGUUCACGAUAGUCUCGUCACCGCGGCUUUCUCUGGUCUGUUCUUGUUGAAGAUGGGGAACUUAUUCCCUUCGGAACUUGACUUGGGAGCGAUCACGGCCCAGGUCGAGCAGCUUGCCCAACUCCUGUCGGACGUCGCAGCCGAAAGGUAUGCCCUCACCCUGCGCAUAAUGCUCGCCAAUCUCCGCCGCAAAGUCGGAAUGUCCACAGGCGCGCCUCCUACCCCCGUCCCCGGCAUGCACAACGGUGGUCCAAAUGGUCCGGAACCCAUGGUCCUCUCGUCGCAGUUCGUCGAGCAGGGGCCUGGCGGUGUGCCAGGAGGCGUUCCUCCGCCGCCGCCGUUCACCAUGGAGGAGCUUGGGCUGCCGUGGCCCGGGAAUCCGGUGGCGAACUUCAGUCCGAGCGAUAUCCCGGUUUGGUUGCAAGAGCAGAACCUCACUGAUUUGGGACUUCCGCUGAAUGGGCUUGACGGGAUCUUCAUGAACUUGAACCGGGCGAGCGGCUGGCCGGGCGAAUUCGCUCCGAUGCCUGAGGCGUGGUGACCUUUGUUUGUGCUCCCUCGUUCCGAACGGUCUUGUGCUAAUGUAUAGUCUUUCUUCUUUCUUUUGAUUUUUCCGCUCGGUGUACUGUACCCGUUUUUCGCUUUUCGCGCCGCCGCCUUUUGGGUGGAUGUAGGUUAAAUGAAGUGGUGAUCGCGACUUCGUGAAUCGGAUGAGGCUGGUAUGGAUGUGGUAUGGUAUGGUCAGGUUGAGAGUGGUUGGGUUUGGAUGAGUGUGUUAUGUGUAUGAAUGUCGGGUCUUCGGGCGUAUGUAUAUACUUACGUGCAUUUGUAUGGUUCUCGUUUGAUUUCGUUCCUUGGUUCUGGUCUAUAUCUUGUUGGUAUUCCGGAAUCCUUCCUAUGCAUCUCCAGCCUCGUCGCAAUAGGUCGCUUUGUUCCACGUAUGGUGUCGUUGCAGCACUGCACGAUUUCUUGGUCUCGGAGUCCGUU